AUGAUAUAUAUAGUGCGAUAUAUUUUUUUCUUUUUUAAUUAAAAAAAAAAAAGGAAUUGAAUAAUGAAACAAGGUUUAAAGCGUUGCGAAGGGGUUUAGAUCCAAACAGAAGCGCCCACCCAAAAUCUUCCAUGGCCUCCAAACGCCCAUCUAAGAGCAGCGACGAUGGAAUCUUAUCGCGAAUCUCCGAUCACUCCAUCGUGCGGAAGGGGAAGAGCGCCGCCUGCGACGCCAAGUACGUGGCCAUGCGCCUCCUCAAGAGCACUGGCAAGGCCGCCUGGAUCCUCGGCACCACCGUCAUCAUCCUAGGGAUCCCGCUCAUCAUCGAGAUGGAUCGCGAGGCGCAGUUCAACGAGGCCGAGCUACAGCAAGCCUCCCUCCUCGGCGGCGCCGCCCCUGGCUUCAUGCCGCCGCCACAGUGAUUUCACUUUCUAUUUCCUUUUAUGAUCUGCUCCUUGAUGGAUCUAGGGUUUCGAAUGGAAAACCCCCCAUCUACUUAGGUGAAUCUUUGAUUCUGCUAUAUUUUGUUUGAAUAUUAUUAUUGAGUUGCUAGAUAUUAUUUUCUUAUUUUUUGAUGCCAUGAAUUUUGGUUGUUAUUUUGGAAUAUUUGCUCAAUGGUGUUUUUCA